CCAGGCAGAGUAAUGACUCCAUUGCUGGGUGAGUCUUCGUAGUCAAGGGAAAGUUUUGGUGGGGCAACUGCCAUUCCGUCACUAGGCAAGCUCGGGCCUUUCCUCACCUCCGAGCUCGCCGCAAACAGUGGCUGUCUUUGGCCAUCAUUCUGACCAACACAGUACCUCCACCUCACACACCAUCAGAUUUCAGACCAUGGCCGACAAUGUAGGUCUCACCACCCCAAGAGGUAGCGGCACCUCGGGUUACGUGCAGAAAAACCGGUCGCUCCUCAGACCACGCGACAAGAUUCAGCCCUAUCCAAAAGACUGGGACCAAGCCAAGCACCGCCCAAGACAGCCAGACGCAGAGAUCCUCGAGCACGAAGCGAAGCGCGAAAUCGAAGUCAAGGUUCUUGAGCUGCGAGACAAGCUCGAAGAUGAUGGUGUUGACGAAGAUGAAAUCGAUGACCAGUGCGAAGCGUUGCGUCGCAAACUAGACCAGGAACGCAAGGAUGGCAAAGACUUGGGGCCGAAUGCAAAGCGACUCAAAUCACAUCAGGUCCACGACCUGGCAAAGGCGAAGAUGGAAGAGAGCGAGAGGCUGCGCAAGGCGCUGGGCAUCAGCGAAGACUACGAGGAGGGCAGCCACUGGAGGAAGCAGGAGGAAAGAAUGCGCGAGAGCCUUGCCAAGAGAGAAGCUGAAGAUGAGGAGAAACUUGAAAAGGCCAAAGAGGCCAGGCGAUACAAGGAAGACGAUUCGGAAUAGUGCCCUGCUUUGCACUCACUCUGCGCUCAUGAGCGCGCUGAUACCCUACGAUGGCCACGACGCGCUACCUAUCCGCAUCCAUAUACUACUACAUACUUUAAUACGAAGCCCAGCCGGAUCCUUAAGGAUGCAGUAUCCAUCUUUUAUGUAAAGGCUC